AAACUGUUGGAAGCGUACGCGUUGUUCGUUUAUCGCAAACAAUCUAUUACAAUUGUUGUCGCUGGCGGUGUACAAAUAGCCGCUUAAAGACUCGCUAAAUUAUAUUAUAUAUACCAUACGUAACAAUAAUAUUAAAUCCAAUGGAAAUUAAACGCAAUUAUAUAAAUAAUAAUAGCAACAACAACCAGUUUUUAUAUGCAUGUUAAUAAGGAAAUUUUCCUAUUGUUUUGACAACAAGUGAAAACACUCUCUGUGACAAAUUCAAUGUGUAUGCGUUAAUGUUUAUAUUAACAACAAAUAUAUAAAUUAACAUAUGUAAUAUACGUAUGUAAAUAAUAAAAAUCACAGCGGAAAACAAAUAUAAAUAUAUAUAUUUAGCCAUGGUCUACUCCAUUAAGAACAGCGAAACUGGUGAGUUUGAGUAUUUUUAUGCCGAUACGACGAGUGUGAAGCAGCCCGAGUAUGAUGAAGAGACUGGAGAGCCGGUGAAUGGUCAAAUGAAGGUGCGCUACCGCAAGCAUGGAAACUUCCAUAUACCCAAGCAUUUUCUGCGUGGCACCAUCUGCGAUGAGGUGGAUCAAGUGCUGGCCAAUAAGUUCCAGGUAAUAGACAUCAAGGCCACACAUGUGGUGGGCAAAGCAGCAUUCGAUGAAGAUCUAAACAAGCCGGCGAAGGCGACGCCUGGCUAUGAGCGUGAGGACUUUAUGGACAUGGAUGGUGUCAGCAAUAACAUAAUUUUAGGCUAUGAGCGCAACCAUUCCUACUUGCUCGUCCUCAUACCCACGCUCUUCUGCUGGAACUUCAUGGUGUAUGCGCUGCUGGCGCUGCUGGAGUGUGUAUUGCACAUGAUGUCGCAUCACAAGAACUCACUGACGAUGCAAAAGGAUUUAUACUUCCGCAGCCCACUGCAUAUGCUAACCUCACAGUUCUGUGCCAUUUGCCGCACCGAGAGCGAUUCCAAAUAUAAUCGCACAUUUGUCAUACUCAACAAGGAGCAGCGCAAUGCUCAUCGCUUGGCCACGCUCAAGAACAUGGCCAAGGCCAUGGGCUGACGAACACACAUAAUAUUAUUUACAAACAGUUUAUACAAAUUUAAUAUUUGUAACACGCGCUCAAUAACAAUAAAUGCACAAUUUAUAUCACUCGA